AUGGUAAAGACGAUUAUAUAUUAUUUACUAUCACUUAUUGGAAUUAAACCAAUAGAGGAUAUUUAUCAACAUCAAAAAGAAGAAGUUUGCAGACAUAUAGAAGAUUCAGCAUUUAUAUUAGAAGAGAAGGAAGAAUUUAAUGAAAAACAUACUCAUUCAUUAAUAUCAACAAAUGAAAUACAAGAUUGGUUAAGUCGAUUAUCAAAGAUGACACUCUAUCAGAUCUUAACGUCAGCUAUGGACGAAUACCCCGAAAUUGCAAACUGUAUUUAUCAAAGACAUUAUGAAAAGAGAUACUUUAUGUCCAAGGGCAGUAGUUAUCAACGACGUAAUAGCAGUAUAAAUGAAAAAUUAAGUCAGCUUAAAUUAAUUCAGUUACAAACAAGAACAAUAUCUCAUAGGCUAGAUAAUCUUAGACCAAGCGAUCAAUUCGGUCGUGCCUCUGAGAUAGCUGAAGCCCUCCAACAUCUUAUUCGUUCAUUACAUCUUCAUUCCGAUCAGUCUUUCUUUACAUUAUUUAGUUUAAUUAUUUUAGCUCAGGAAAGUUUAAUGGCUCCUUCUGAAGUACGUCAGCAUGUAUUUUAUCAUGUUAAAUUAGGUAGAAUUCUUAUCCUCGAAAUGUCAACUAUCUUGAAAAAUUUUAUUUACCUUCCCUUCGUUGGAAAUGAUCUUACUGAUUAUUGGACUCAACUAGGAUACGAUCCUCAGAAGCAGGAUUGGUUAUCUUGUUUGGAGGCUAUUUGCUUAAAAUUAGCCCGUUAUGAUAUUACUUGGGAAUAUCGAAAAGAAUAUCAAGAAGUUAUUACUAUAGCUAAACGUUAUUAUUCUCAAACAAAUAUCAAACAAAUCUAA